UCCAAAAUAACUACGAAGGCCAAAUAUCACAAUGACAGGCUGGUUUUCUGGUCUAAGAGGAGCUAAAAGGCUCCCUGACUGCACAGGCCCUUUUGCUGUUGGCUGUACAGACUAUAUGUGUGCAAAAACGGAUGGACUUCACACAGUUGACAACCAAAAUGGCAGCUUCCUUCGUUUGUUUUAUCCCACCAACAACCUCGUCUUGGACGAGAAAGAGCUCCUCAGGAGACAGACUACUUGGUUUCCAAGGAGUGAAUAUUCCAAGGGAGUAGCUGACUUUGUUAAUUUGCCUGGAAGAUUCUUUGGAGCAAUAGUUCACUGGACAAUAAAUCAUGUGCGUAUUCCAGCCAUCCAGAAUGCACYGCUUCUCCCAAGUACCAUUGAAGGCAAAGGAUUUCCUUGCAUUGUGUUCUCUCAUGGUCUUGGUGCAAAUAGACUUAUGUAUUCAACUUACUGCUGUGAGCUGGCAUCUCAUGGAUGUGUGGUAGCAAUAGUAGAACACAGAGAUAAGUCAGCAUCUGCAACAUAUGUGCUCAAAGAAACUGAAGGAAAAGAAAAAGURGAAGAAUGGAUACCAUUUUAUAAGAGAGGUCCAAGAGAUGAUGAGUUUCAACUCAGAAAUACGCAGGUGAAACAACGUCAAGAUGAAUGUAUAUCAGCAUUGAAUAUCCUGGAACAAUUAAACAAAGGAACCGUACCAGAAAACCUCCUUGAGGAUCAAGAUUUUGACCUUGGACAAUUAAAGGGCCGACUUGAUCUGCAGAAAACUGCUAUUGUAGGCCAUUCAUUUGGAGGUGCAACAGUAGUUGGUACAAUAGCCAAGGAAAAGCGGUUUAGGUGUGGUGUAGCACUCGAUGUAUGGAUGAUGCCCCUUGGCAGCGAGAUACAUGAUCGGGAGAUCAAUCAACCUCUGUUCUUCAUUAAUACUUAUCAAUUCCAUAAAUGGAAAGAAAAUGUCAACGAGCUGAAGAAACUUGUGCAAGGAAAGCCAGAAACAAGACCAGUCGUCGCUGUCAGGAGUACAUCCCACAUGAGUCAAUGUGAUAUUGUCUUCGUAUUAAGUAAAUACUUAUCGUGGUUUACCACUUGGAGAUCACACCAACUGGAUUCCGAGACUUCAGAUAGUCUAUAUAAAAAAGCCAUGUGGGCAUUCCUAUGUAGACAUCUUGAUAUUGGAAAUUCCCCUAAACACCAUGUUCUACUUGACGGCGGUGAUGAUGUACCCGAACACGUGAUAAUGGGAUUUGAAGAGAAAACAGACAGUUYGCAACUAUGAUAAAGUCAUAAAUGAAAAGAAAGGAAAUACUGGCGCGUUGGUUGAUAUGAUAACACUAUUUUCAUUAAAAACACUUUUAACYCAUUUAGUAAAAAUGAAGGAAGAUAGAAAGAAUGAAUUAAUGAAUGAAAAAAUGGAGAAUGAAGAGAAAAUGGAAAGCAAGGAAGGUGUUAAUGAAUGAAUGUAUGAUGAAUGAAUGAUUGAGUGAGUAGUAAUCGAAAUGAGUAAGUGAAAUUAGAAAAAUAAAAGAAAGGAAGAAAGAUAGCCAAAAUUAUAUUUUAAAAUAAUUUAACAAAUAUUUUUGGUAGACUUUAACAAAGAAUAGGCUAAUUCAUCCUUUUUUCUUGAUCCGCGCCUUUAAUAACAUUCUCUUUGUCGUGGAUCACCCGCCUUCGAUUAAUAUUUUAUAUUAAUCAUCUUGUUGUUAAGUCAAUUCCUUUUUAAUACUAGUAAGAAUAUUUCCUAAACAUUAAUUCCGCAAAACAAGAUUAUCUUUGGAAUCGAAUAUAUAUUUUAUAUUUUUAUCAUAAACAUUGGAUGGUUUAAUUUGAGUUUUAUUAGUGAAUCGGUGAUUAUGAUUAUGAAAUCGCAACCUGAAAGACGGAAUUGUUCUCUGAUUUACACCUUUACGGGUAUUAUAUGUUAGAGGUUAUGCUUUGUCUCGAGCGGUUUCCUCCGCAAAGGGUUUUAAGUGUUCAACCGAAACAAUGUGUCUUGGAGUUAAAGGGACAUUUUGCAUUCAUUUUUUGCUUUAUUUGUUUAUCUGUCCGUCCUUCCGUCCUUCUGUCAGUCCACCAACAUGUUCACAAACUUACCCUUCUGCUCAUCCUUCCAUCUGUUCGUACGUCCGUUCAACCUUUAUCCACCCACCAAACAACACAUAUAUCCAUCCGUUCAUACGUCCGCGGUUCAAGCGUCGCAUCUACCCACCAAACAACACAUCAUUCCAUCCAUUCGUACGUCCGUUCAACCUUUAUCCACCCACCAAACAACACAUCAUUCCAUCCAUUUGUACGUCCGUUCAACCUUUAUCCACCCACCAAACAACACAUAUAUCCAUCCGUUCAUACGUCCGUUCAACCUUUAUCCACCCACCAAACAACACAUCUAUCCAUCCGUUCAUACGUCCGUUCAACCUUUAU